CGCGGCCCAGGGGCACCCACUGGACACGCCGUGGCUCCUCAGUAGCUGACUCGCCGCCCGCACCGCAACGCCACGCCAUGGACUCUCCGAGGCAGAUUGUCAACUUCGGGCCCGGGCCCGCCAAGCUUCCGCACUCGGUAUUGUUAGAAAUACAGAAAGAAUUACUAGACUACAAAGGACUUGGCAUUAGUGUCCUUGAAAUGAGUCAUAGGUCCUCAGAUUUUGCUAAGAUUGUUAACAACACAGAGAAUCUUGUGCGAGAAUUGUUAGCCGUUCCAGACAACUACAAGGUGAUUUUUCUGCAAGGAGGUGGCUGUGGCCAGUUCAGUGCUGUCCCGUUAAACCUGAUUGGCCUGAAACCAGGAAGGUGUGCUGACUAUGUGGUGACAGGAGCUUGGUCAGCAAAGGCUGCAGAAGAAGCUAAGAAGUUUGGGACCGUGAAUAUUGUCCACCCUAAACUGGGGAGUUACACGAAAAUCCCAGAUCCAAGCACCUGGAACCUUAACCCAGAUGCCUCCUAUGUGUAUUAUUGCGCAAACGAGACGGUGCACGGCGUGGAGUUUGACUUCGUACCUGAUGUCAAGGGGGCCAUCCUGGUGUGUGACAUGUCCUCAAACUUCCUCUCCAGGCCAGUGGACGUUUCCAAGUUUGGUGUGAUUUUUGCUGGCGCUCAGAAGAACGUGGGCGCUGCAGGAGUCACGGUGGUGAUCGUCCGCGAUGACCUGCUGGGGUUCGCCCUCCGAGAGUGCCCCUCUGUCCUGGAGUACAAAGUGCAGGCCACAAGCAGCUCCUUGUACAACACGCCCCCGUGUUUCAGCAUCUAUGUCAUGGGCUUGGUCCUGGAGUGGAUUAAGAACAAUGGUGGGGCAGCUGCCAUGAAGAAACUCAGCACCAUCAAGUCUCAAAUGAUUUAUGAAAUUAUCGAUAACUCUCAAGGAUUCUACGUCUGCCCGGUGGAGCCCCGAAAUAGAAGCAUGAUGAAUAUUCCAUUCCGCAUCGGCAACGCCAAGGGGGACGAAGCUUUAGAAAAACGGUUCCUCGAUAAAGCCCUGGAGCUCCAUAUGAUCUCCUUGAAAGGACACAGGUCCGUGGGAGGCGUCCGGGUCUCUCUCUAUAAUGCUGUCACCAUUGAAGACGUUCAGAAGCUAGCAUCCUUCAUGAAAAAUUUUUUGGAGAUGCAUCAGCUAUGAAUACACCCUAACCAGUGUAUCCCCUGCCCUUGAACCAUGAAUAAAACAGAAAGUAACUGGGGAGUGGCCACCCAACUUAACAUACAAUGACUAUGCUCAUUAUAGAUUGUUUUUGCUUCAGACAGCAGCACUGGUGGGACCACCGGCCAAUGGCCACUUUUAUUCUGACUUAAACUGGAAGCUUUUUGAAAAUAAUUUCUCUGUUGCUUUCUAACAAAUUCCAGCUCAUUUUGUCUUUGCUGCUACUUUUUCUAACUAGAUCUUAGUACUUGCCUGUGGACCUCAUUAUGCAAGCUGCAAUUCACUGUGUCUAGAUGGCAGGUGAGGCCCUCCAGAUGCUCAGCCCAGAUCCUAAGUUCUGGAUAGCAGGGGGCCCCUGGACUCUGGUCCUGUUGAUCAAGACCAACGCUGACUGGUGAGCAGUGAGGAGUUGUACACAAAAGAACAAACUGUAGCUCUUUCUUUAUACUGAUAUGCUCAUAGAGGGACAAAAAUGACACACUAUAUAUGUUUGUAUAACAAUAUCUGCUUUCUAAUACACAUAGUUUGUAUCUCUGUGCAUUUCUAUUUCUAAUAAUAACGGUUCUCCAUAAUCCAUGUAGGGACUUAGAAUUUGUUAAAUCCUUGGUCUUGUUCAUUAGAGCACUAUGUUAGCAAUAUCUGUGCCCCUCUCUGUUCUUCCUCUCCUCUCUGUCAAGCUGCUCCAUGCAAAGGAUCUAGAAGUUUUGCAAUUCGCUUGUAGUUUGCUUUCAGUGGGUAGGGGAGAAGGUCGAUUGGUUUGUUCUUUGUUUGACAAUGAUGCUGUUCAACUAAAAGUCAGUUUAGCUCCCUUCUCUGUUCGCUGGGCUGCUUUCCCUGUGGUUUCUGAGAAGAGGGACACUGAGUUCCAGAUGUUGUUUCCCUGUUGUGGGUGUUUGAUGUUGACUUCUUGAAGAACAUUAAAGUCCUUUGACCUCUG